AUGCAUUUCACCACCACCAUCACCGCCCUCGGCUUCGUGCUCUCAGCCGCCGCCGUCCCAGCCAGCCAGUCCUGGAUUGUGGACCCCGCCGCCGCCACUGACGCCCCUGCCGUACCAGACAGCGGCAAUCCUGUCGCCGCAGACGCCAACGUAGCAGCCGGUACGACUGGUGACGCCAACGUUCGCAACUACUGCGAUUUUCCCGUGUAUCUCUACGUGUGUGGGCAAGACCCGGCCUCCUGCACCCCAGAGUACACCCUUGCCGCCAAGACGGGCACGUAUUCCGAGGUCUUCUCCACGCCCAAUAACGGCCGCUCCAUCAAGAUGGGCACAACCUCCGGCGAAGUGGCCAAGCCCAUCUUGCAGUUUGAGUACACCAACACUGGCUCCGGUCAGGUCGCUUACGAUCUCAGUGAGGUCAAUGGCAACCCCUUCGGCCCGUAUGGGUUCUUCCUCACGUCCAACAACAACGCCUGCUUCCAUGAGGAGUGCCCGGCUCCGGGCACCCAUGAUGUUUGUCCCUGGGUGUUCACUACCCCGACUAACGGGCAGGUGUCGGAUUGCCCGAUUGCUAGCUCCAUUGGCGUUACUCUCUGCGGUUGA